AGUACGGGCGUUUCGAGGCCAAAAUCCACGACCUUCGGGAGCAGCUCCUGAGCAGCAGCCUCGGCUCCGGCAGCGCCUCCCUCCGCAGCGACCCCAAACGAGGCUUCUACGUCCGGGCCCUGUUUGACUACGACAAAGCCAAGGACGUCGGCUUCCUGAGCCAGGCCCUGAGCUUCCGUUUCGGGGACGUUCUGCACGUCCUGGACGCCUCCGACGAGGAGUGGUGGCAGGCCAGGCUGGUGCUGCCCCCCCAGCAGCCCCCCGACAUCGGCUUCGUGCCCAGCAAGCGCCGGGUGGAGCGCCGGGAGUGGACGCGGCUCAAGGCCAAGGAUCGGGGGCCGGGAGGUCAAGGCCGCGAGGACGCCGUGCUGAGCUACGAGACCGUGACGCAGAUGGAAG